UCUCUGGUGGGGCCCCAGGUCUGAUGUCUGUUUGUGAACCCUCAGAUGUCCAACUGGGACUGCGUGAUCUGAGGGGCAGGGAAAGGAUUUUGAGGGCCCAGUGUGCCCCUGGCAUGAAACACCAAACUCGUUGCUGUCAAGACAGUUCUGACUCAGUGACCCUAUAGGACAGAGUAGAACUGCCCCAUAGAGUUUCCAAGGAGCCGCUGGUGGAUUUGAACUGCCGACCUUUUGGUUAACAGCCUGAGCCCUUAACCACUGUGCCACCAGGGCUCCAGCAUGAGACAGGGAGCCCUAAAAACAUUGACCAGGGAUUCUGUGAGAUGGGAGAGAGAAGGACCAGACAUUUCACCUCCUCAAGCCCAGCUCUGUGCCACUUGGGCAGGAAAAGGGCACCUCACCCUGGCUGGGGGCGGGGGGGUCCCUGAGGGCUGAGGCUGGCAGCUCCUGGGCCCAGCCUGGACCAGCUGCCCACCGAAGGCACAGGAAGUGAGAGUGAAGUAUCUCUGGCUGCAUUUCCCUCCUGGCCCCAAACACCACUAGGAAGAGCUGACCUUACUCAUGGUUCCCCAUGCCAAGGAAAGACCACUUCCCUGCUGGGACAGAGACAAAGCCAGAUCCCCCAGCCCCACCUCUUCUCUGCCCUGCUUGAGUCUUCUGGAAUAGGCCUGCCUGCUGGAGAGCUGGGUCACCCAUGGUCUUGGGCUUGCCUGUCCCCCAGGGAACACAGGUGGGUAACUGCUGGGCCAGAGGCUGGGGGUGCACAAACAGGUCCCUGCUCAUAGUGAUGAAGGGGGUAAGAGGGGCAGGGCAGCAAUGAUAAGCAAGGGAAGGAUCCCCUCCAGAUAGUGCUGAGUGAUGUACAGGAAGGGGUCUAGCCCAGAUUGGGGUGGGGUUUAGGAUGGCUUCCUAGGACGGACAGGACUUCUCUCUGGCUGAGAACUGUGGAAACUGCAGAGGGAGCAGCUUGCUGGGGGAGGGGGCUGCAGAGCCAAGUGGACAUAAAAACUGUGUGGGAACUGGAAGUUGUUGGGAGUGUGAGUGGGAAUGGCUAUCUCAUGGAAGGACACAUCUGCAGAGAGCCCCCCAGAGAGAGGCUGGGGCCCUGCUUGCAAAGACAGAGCAAAGGUGCUUAGAGUUGUCACUGGAGUUUGUGUGGCUGCAGCCCACGAGGUGUCACAGCUGACUGAUCAGCGGCUUCCCUGAGACCUGGAGACAGGAGAUACUUGUGGAGAGCCAGCCCUACGGAAAGGUUCCAGAUGAAAGGUGGGGUGCAGAGGGGAGGGAAGGAAAGCCUUGAAAAAGCCCCCCGAAAAAGGGGCCGCUGGGGCAAGUGCUAAGGAAGACCUCUCCAUAGAAGGGGCAGGAGAAGGAAUGGGAGAGGGGGUAGGCUGGCGUCCAGUCUCCAGAAUUCCCCCCUCUCCUCUCGUGGUCUCCUCUUGAGUCUACACCCCUUCUGCCCAGCCACCUCUGGAUCAGGGACAGCUGGUUGCUCUGAAGGGAAGCAGUGAGGGUCUCGGGGCUUGGGAAUGCCAGGGCAGUGAACUGAGACAGCAGUGACCAGCUGGCAGGAGGAAGUGAGGAGGCGGAGGAAGGCUGGGUGGGCCCUUCUGGGAGGAAGAGGGAAAGGUUGCAGGCCCAGGAAGGCUGAGGGGCGGGCAAGUGCUGGGAGGAGGGUGUGGAGACUUGACAUUCAAGGUAGCACAGAGAAGGAUCAAGUGGUGUCCGUGCCCUUUCCAUUUGCUAAGGGAACAGAAAUCCUGGAGGAGGCAAGAGUCGGUUUGCUGGAGGAGUCAGUGUCUGAGGAGGCCCCAGAGGUGGUAGCGGCAGCAUCAAAGGCCGCUGCUGCGGUGCUGGGGGCAGAGGAUGCCCCGAGCCUUGGAGCGCGAGGAGGGCUGCUGGGCCUGGGCAGUGCUGCUAGCUUCCAUGCUGAUCCAGGGCCUCACGCUGGGCUUUCCCACUUGCACGGGCGUCUUCUUCACUGAGCUGCAGCACGACUUCCAGGCCAGCAACAGCGAGACCUCCUGGUUCCCCUCCAUCCUGACGGCGGUGCUCCAUGCAGGGGGGCCCCUGUGCAGCAUUCUGGUGGGACGCUUUGGCUGCAGAUGGACAGUGAUGCUGGGGGGCUUGUUGGCCAGCCUGGGCAUGGUGACCAGCUCCUUCUCCAGGACCCUCAGCCAGCUCUACAUCACAGCGGGACUCAUCACAGGCCUGGGCAUGUGCUUCGGCUUCCAGUCCAGCAUCACAGUACUGGGCUACUACUUCACCCGCCGGCGGGCGCUGGCCAACGCGCUGGCCUCAGUGGGUGUCUCCCUGGGUAUCAUGCUCUGGCCGCUGUUGUCCCGCUACCUCCUGGAGGAUCUGGGCUGGAGGGGCACCUUCCUCAUCUUCGGUGGGGUCCUCCUCCACUGCUGCGUCUGCGGGGCCGUCAUGAGGCCAGUGGCCACCACCGUGGCCCCUGAGACUAAAGAAGGCCUCCCUCCACCGCCCAAGACACCUGGGCCUGGCACCCUGGCAGCGUGUAGCCAGACCAUCCAGCGCCACCUGGCCUUUGACAUCCUGCGGCACAACCCUGGCUACCGUGUGUAUACGCUGGGUGUCAUGUGGAUGAUCUUGGGCUUCCCACUGCCCCAUGUCUUCUUGGUCCCAUACGCUGUGCGGCAUGGGGUGGACGAGAACCGGGCUGCCCUGCUCAUCUCCAUCAUCGGCUUUAGCAACAUCUUCCUGCGGCCAGUGGCCGGGCUGGUGGCAAGCCGGCAAAACUUUGCCAGCCACCGCAAGUACCUGUUCACCCUGGCGGUCCUGCUCAACGGGCUCACCAACCUGGUGUGCACAGCCUCGGCUGACUUCCGUGUGCUGGUGGGCUACUGCCUGGUGUACAGCGUGUCAAUGAGCGGCAUUGGUGCCCUCCUCUUCCAGGUUCUCAUGGACAUCGUCCCCAUGGACCGCUUCUGCAGUGCCCUGGGCCUCUUCACCAUCCUGGAGGGCAUCUCCAUCCUUAUCGCCCCGCCAAUGGCUGGGUUCCUUGUGGAUGCCACUGGCAACUUCAACUGCGUUUUCUACAUGUCCAGCUUCUUCCUCAUCUCAGCUGCCCUCUUCAUGGGUGGCAGCUUCUGUGCCCUACAGAAGAAGGAGAAGCAAGGCAGGCCAGCCGAGGCAGAAGGAGCCUUCACAGAGGCUGCUGGAGAGCAGUGCCUCACCCUGGAGGGCACAGAUAGUUCUGAGAAGCGGCUGUGCCGUGAGAUCAUGUAUGUGACUAGCGUCUGAGCCCCAAGAUCACGUGUGUGACCAGCAUCUAAGUCCUGCGAUCAUGUGGGUGACCACUGUCUCAGGUCAGGAGUGGUGCCUCCUGCUCCUUCCGCAGGGGCUGGGUGAAGGGCUACCCAGGAAGCCAGGACCAAAGGCUAUCCAGGCUCUGUAAGCAGGACUCUACCAGGAGCUGGGACCUUGGAGGCUAGCCUCUGAAGACUCAGGAUUCCUUCCAGCCAGCUGAAUCCAGGAGCAGGUCCUCCUGACUUUUUCCUUGGGAACCACCACCCUGGGGCCCAGGAAAGUGGGUCUGAGCCCUGCUUGAGUCUGUCACGGCUGGCUGGACUCAGCUGGCUCCCCACUGCUGCUACAGCUCAACACACUGGACUUUAAAAAAGUUCAGUCUGGAUGCCUCUGAUGGGAUCCCUCUUUGUCCUCCAGCCUCCAGAUAAUUCCAAAGCAGACAUGCCUCCCCAGAGGCCAUCCUGUCCUUUCUCUUCCUGAGUGGCCCAGCCUUAUCCUUAGGGUAGCUAAGGCUGGUGCUCACUGGAGCUGCCCCAACACAGGCUGCUGGGCCCCACACUGGCUAGAGCCCUGGGAAGAAGGGCCCGGGCAGAGAAGAAGCUAUGGCCUGUGGCAGUGGAGGGCCAGGCUGAAGAGCGGUCCUGGAGGUGGAAUUUAGACAGAUUAAACACUGGGUAGAAUGCCCUUCCUGGCAUCUAUGCCUCAAACUGGAGGGAAGCCCCUGGCUGGGAUCCUAGAAUUGAUGAAGCCACAGGGGUCCCCCCUGCACACUUGGCAGGGUCUACUCUAAAGCCUCCCUCCUGUCCCCACCCUAUAGGCCUGGCCAGGAAGGUUAAGGCUAGGGUAAGGGGAAGGCAGGCAUUUGACUGUUCAGAGAGGACAGCUAGUAAGGACCUGAGGCCCUCUGUGAAAAUAGGGCUACUUCUGUGACGGAAGGAGUCUCUGGGUGAUGCAGUUAACACAUUCAAAUGCUAGCCAAAAGGUUGGAGGUUUGUGUCUACCCAGAGAUGCUUCAGAAGAAAGAUCUGGCAGUCUACUUCCAAAAAAUCAGCCAUUGAAAACCCUAAGGAGACAGUUCUACUCUGACACACAUGGGGUCUCCGUGAGUCAGAAUCAACUCAAAGGCAACUAGUCUGUGUCAGAAGCCUUCCACUCCCCUCUCCUGUCUUUCCUGUUGUGUCCGGACCCCCUAGGGUAAGUUGCUAGCUUAGCAGCUGCCAGCCCAUCCACCCCUGCUCCCUCUUGGCCUCUGCCUGUGGCCUGGAGGUUAGAGCUUCUCACAUACAUUUUGCUGGUGACCUUCCCUGAGGUCAUCACCCUGAGAACUGGCCCGCAUCAGCUCAGGCCUGUCCCAGCAGGGUGUCAACCGAGGGGAAGGAGAAAACAGUCUGUUUGAAUGGCACACAAGGAUACUUCCUGCAGCAGGUUAUAAACCCAGUGAACUAAUGAAGCUGAAAACAUGCCUGGAGUAAGCUUCCCUUCCCCCUUCCCUUCUCCCAGCCUGAUGGGCUGCUCAGGUGCAGGACCUUGCUUGUUGAUUCAGGCUCAACCAGGCACCACAAGAAAAUCCAAUCAGGCCAGGGAGAAUGGAUUUUAUUUUCAUGACCUGACUCCAGAACUUUCUUGGCCACAUGUCCAGCUGGCGUGAAUAAGUAUCCUCUGGGAUAUCCUCUCUCUUCCAGCACCCUGCCAACAGUGCCCCUUUAUGGCCAAAGAGAUAGUGUAGAAGCAAGGCAAGGGCACUGGGAGGGGACAGAGACCCUAGUGUAUGUUUGAGAAUAUCACAAUUUGCUGUGUGAGUUGGGGCAAACUGUUCCCCAACUCUGGGCCUUGAAAAAGAAGGAGGCUGUCUUGGAUGAGCUGAGGUCUCUUCCAUUUGAAACAUCUAAUUAUGUGAGAAUGGGGGCAGUGGUGGUUGAGUGGGAGAACUCUCACCUUCCAAGUAGGAGACUUGGAUUCGAUUCCUGGCUAACGCACCUUACGUGCAGCCACCACCAGGGGAGGCUUGCUUGUUGCUACGGUGCUAAACAGGUUUUCAGUGGAGCUUCCAGACUAAGAAGGACUAGGAAGAAAGGCCUGGCCCUCUACUCCCAAAAAUCAGCCUACAGGUCACAAUGGUCUGAUUUGCAACCAAUCAUGGGGACGGUGCAGGACCAGGCACCAUUUAGAUCCAUUGUGUACUGGGCGCCUUGAGUUGGGAGCUGACUUGACAGCAGCUAAUGACAAUUAUUUGGGUGCUCUGGCCCCUCUCCCCAGUACAUGCUUGGCCACCCUGUGCUCUAAUGGGGGAAAUGCUUGGCUAUGUUUUACAGUCCAUCUCCUUCAUCUUGAGUAGAAAAGGAGGGAGCUGGAGGCCGGUGGGUUGGUGAGAGCUUUUGGUGCUGGUAGCCUCCAGGAUUUGAUGUGUUGUACAUCCUCAGGCCGUUCCCUGAAAACACAUUUAAGGGAAAAAAAAUCAGUAAACAUUCAGCAUAGGAAACUUUGACCCUGGCCAGGAAAUGGUGGCAGUGAUCUCUGGGCAGAAUUCCUUCAGCAAAUAACAGCAUCUACCGUAGAGCAGCGGCAGGACAGAAGAGGAAGGCCUUGCCCUCAGUACAAAGCCAAGGGCAGAAUUCUUCCCCAAGGAGGAAGCCCCAUGAGGCCUCAGGAGGGGUAAGACCAAACAAAAGGAGGAAGAUACGUGGCCCAAAAGUUCCACAAUCCACACUUAGCUGAUAUCCUGGGAAUCCCCUCUGGGGAAAGUCGUGAGGAGCUGAUGGGGCUCACUCCAUUCUGCCCCCCUACCCGAGCCCUGAACUUCUGGACCCCAGGCCCUUGCUGCUUUGUCCAGCCUAAGCAGAGGAAGCCCCAGGGCUCCCAGCCCAUAUCCCAGCUGAGAUGCACUCCCUCUGGCCCCAUCAGGGCCCCAUAGUAGCUAGGGCACUCAUAAACAGACUACUUUCUAAACUCCUGCCUAAGGAGUACCCACCAGUGUGGCCCUCAUUCCAAGCCCAGCCUGUAAGGCACAGGGUCCUUGUCCUCAGGAUGCUCACAGUCUACACUCCCUACACACGGUUUUCAAGCACGAUGGGAAUGGGCGGGGUCUCCUCCCUCCCAAGUGCUCCAUCACGGUGCCCACGAGGUCUGGGAGGUACGUCACCUUCCUGGGAAGCACUAAGAAACCGGGCAGAAGAGCUUCAGCUUCCAUGACUCUAAAACCCAGAAAGCCAUUGAAGUGGCUCACUUGGGGGAACCGAGGCUCCUUCUAGGGCCUCUCGGUGCUGUCCGGGAGUACACCCCCUCCCGCCAGAGAUUUCUGGCCAGAGGUGGCGGACCUAGCUCCAGCUGGCAAGGAGUGGGUGUCGAACUCACCCGUAUUUUUUUUUAAAUAUUCAAAUGAUUAAUAUGCAGUGCCCUACUUAUGAAAGAUUAACUUUUGCAGUUUGAUAUUGGAAAAAACCUAUACUAUUUUUUUUUUUUUUUAUAGUACCCUGGUGGCCAGUGGUUAAGUGCUACGGCUGCUAACCAAAGGGUCGGCAGUUUGAAUCCGCCAGGCGCUCCUUGGAAACUCUGUGGGGCAGUUCUACUAUGCCCUACUGAGUCGCUAUGAGUCGGAAACGACUCGACGGCAGCAGGUUUUUUUUUUUUUUUUUUUU